GAGAUUGCUCUAGAAUUCGUGUAAAGCGAGCUGCAGUUGUUGUUGUUUUUUUUUCUUUAAGCUUGCUAUGUUAGAGUUCACUGAGGGGCUUGUAGAUGCAAAUAUUAGGUAUGAUUUUGGGGGAGGAGAUUCAUUGAAGGAUUUGAGGGAUGGGGGUAGGAUGAAUGAAUAAAGCAAAAUGAGAACCAUGGUAGGGCAUUGUUUUCAUUGAGUCACUGCUCCCAUGAUUAUAGUUCUCAACUCAUGAAUUAUGUGAUGAAGGGAUUGCUGGCGGUUCAUGUGUCUGUCAGCAUCAGUUCCGUUGGGAUCUAAAGUGAGCCGAUUGGAACAGUUGAAAUGAUUUCCGACAGUAUUCAAGACAGACCUGCUUCUAUUGAAAAUGUCAGUUCUAAUGAAGUGGAGGCUGAGUCAAAUAACAUUGAUUCACUUGAAGCUGUCUCAUCCGGUGGAGAUGCUACUCGUGAGCUAGAAAGUGCAGCAGAAGUUUUAACUAGGGUUGAACUAGAUUUAGCAUGUUCAUCUGAAAAGUUGGUUAACUUGGAAAUACUUGUUAUGCAUGUGGCUUCAAGGGAAAAUGAUUUUGAGGCUUUUGCAUCGGAGGAAGAGCAUAAUUCUGAAGGUCCUGUUGAGAAAGCAUUAGAAUUUGACCUUUUAUAUGGUUUUUUGGACUCUGAAGUCAGGGAACUGGAGAGUUUUCUGUCUGCUCUUCAGACUGAGAUUGCUGGUUUCCAGGCUUCAUUCGAGCAGCUGGGUGAUUCUUUUAAGGAAAUGGAAGAAAAGUUGCAGGAUUGUGGGGAUUCCCUGAAGCGUUCAUUUGAACAGGUUGCAGGCUUAAAGGUGCAGUCUGCCAAUUUCCGCAGGAUCUUGUUAGCUUCUUCAGGAGAGGAAAAAUGGAAAGAUGACAAGAGUUUGGAAAAUGAUAACUUUGAAGAUUCAAAUGCAAAGAUUAGAAUGCAUACUGCAGAGCAGCAGAGAAAUAUCUUGAAAAUGCUGGAGAAGUCUCUGGCCCGGGAAAUGGAUCUUGAGAAGAAGCUAACUGAGUCUAGACAAACUGAAGAAGAUCUAAAACUUCAGCUACAACAAGAAGUCUUCUGUAUGGAACAAGAAGCUGAAGAUAUAUGGGAAAGACUGUUCGAGGCAGAAAAUAAUGCAGAAAUCCUCUUGGGGAUCUCGAAAGAACUAUUCGGGAGAAUCCAGAUGGCACAAUUUAGUAUAAAUGGGUCAGUUCAGAGAGAAGGGGAGUUGAGAUCCAAACUUCAAGAUCUUACUGAGGAGUUGAAAGACAAAGACUGUGCUUUGCGGGGCUCUGAGUUUUCCAGGACUGAACUUGUGGAAAAGGUUAACGCAAUAGAGCAGAAACUGAGGGAAUCUGAGUCUCAACUACACCAUGUGAAGGAAGAGCAAAACAAAGAACUGGCAGGAAAAGCUAUUGAAGCUGAAAAGAGAGCUGAGAUUAUUGAAGCUGAAUGUAAAUUGCUUAGAGAGUCUAAGAUGGAGCUUGAUAAAGAGAUGAGCCGCAUGAAGAGUAGCACUGCUGAUUCAACUAAGAGGGUGGACCAAUUGGAGAAGCAGUUGAAGGACUCUGAAAUUCAGCGACUGCAUGCAGUGGCAUCUUCUGAAGCUAGUCAAGAGAAGCUAAGCAUGUUAGAUUGCACAAUCAAGGAUAUGGAUAACUUAAUAAAAGAUCUAAAGUUAAAGGUUUCGAGGGCUGAAAGUGAGAUUGAGAGUACUGAAGAGAAAUGUAUAAUAUUGUCUGAGUCCAAUGCAGAACUCAUUGAAGAAGUAACUUUUCUAAGGCGUAGAGUUGAACACUUGGAGACGUCUUUGCAUCAGGCUGAUGAAGCAAAAAAAGAAAGUGCGAAAGAUAUUAGGGUGCGGACUAAAUUAAUUGCAGAUUUAGUUGUGCAGCUAGCUCUUGAAAGAGAACGGCUUCAUAAGCAGAUAUCAUCAUUAACAAAGGAGAAGAAAGUUGCAGUGAUGUACUUGCAGCAAAUAAAGAGGGACCAUUCAGUUACUGCAAUUGGAAGUCAUGAUGCCAAAGCAAAUGAACCUGUACUAUCUGAGGAUGAUAGUGAGAAUGAAAUUUCUAGAAAAGGAAGUAGUGAGGAAAUAUUGGGGUCUUUAGCUACCAUUCACGAGACUGGCAAUGCUCCUGGAGACUUCGCAACAACUGAAGUUGAGAUGGAACACACUGAUUCGGCUUCUAAUCUUAACACUGUGAGAAAUAUAGAUGUGAGGCAGAUCAAGUUCAUGUAUGUGUGCAUGGUAGUUCUUUUAUUGGCAAUUUCAGGAUUUAUUCCUCUCCUGUUCCCAGAGUGAGGGGUUCGCUCAAUCGUAUUGGAGCCGGUGCUUAUCCUUGGACCAAAUGGUUUAGAUGCUAUACCUUUGGGAAAACUUCAGCUUUUUUGAAGGAUUUUGAUGGGUUAAUUGGUUGCCUCACUUGAGCUGAUUUUCAACGCAAUAAACUUGGUCAGAAUAGAAAGGCUGAGAGAUUAUAGACUGUUUCUGUUGUAACAUAAAGCUAGGUCCGUACAACAAGGUUUUUGAUGUCUUGCGCACAGGAAGUGUUCCUUGUCAGUAAAUGUUUUGACAGUUAUGUAACUAAGGCAACUCACAUGGUAUUUCACUACAGAAACUCCAAAAGAUUCUUGUGCAGUCGUGCACUUUCUGUACUUUAGUCUGCCGCAUUGCAUUAGCAUGCAGCUCUUGAGAUUGUGAUUAAAUUUCUGCACUUA